UGUUUUAUACCGUUGAGAAAAUAACAUCUCAAUUUUGUAUAGCAGCAAUACUACCUCUGCAAAUAAAGAACGAAAAUUAAAAGCUACCAAAUUCAUCAUCACAAGCUAUUUGAAGUCAACAUGAAUAUACUGGACAGCAUUGCGCUGAAAAACGGAGAAAAAACAAAAACGAUUCGGCUCUGCGCGGGAGAUUUGUCGAAAAUUCCGCCGGAAUGGAACACGGACUUUCUUCUCAUCUCGGCUUUUCCGAACGAUUACUCGCCCACGCCGACUUCGGUUGUUGGAGCUCUGAGCAAACAGGGAAUAAACGUGAGAAAACUGGCUCAGUCCAAAAUGGAGGAUUUGAGGUCGCACUUCUACUGCUGGUAUUCCAAGCCCAUGACCGAAAUGGUGCCGGGUCUGAAAGGCUGUCCGUUCAAACGUCUGAUGUGUUUCGAGAAUCCAGUGAUUCCGGGAAGACCCGGGGGCUCUGUACCACAGGAAGUCGGAACUAUGUUCAGAGGACUGACUACAAUCAGCAAUCUGGGGAGUGACUUGAGAGUGGUCUCGUCUCUUCUGAAGACAGGCGACAGUGGCCAUAACAAGAACAUGAUGUUGACUGCGAUGGUGAAUGGGUGUGCUAAUUGGAUGCUCGCGGGACUCCCUAUCGAGACAUUCACCAUUGUUCUCUUCACCAAAGGGUCAGCUGACGAAGCGAAGAAACAAUACGCGGGUCAAAUGAAGUGUUUUGACAGUCUGAAGGGACCCAUAAAUGAACUUGCGAAGAAACACGACAAGGCCAGUGACCAAGGCUACUCCUUCGAUUUCUACAUGUCGUACAGUGGCCAAGACGACACCUUCGCCAAACAGUUCAGCAAAGUGAUGAAGAGCCAGGCUUCGUCGGUUCGCUUCUACGACGAGAGGGAAACUAUGUCGGAAGAGUCCAGCUGGCAGAGCAAAAUGUACGAGAACGUGAAGGCCUCCCGAAAAGUAGUCCAUUUCCUCAGUCCUCUAUACCUCAAGGCGGAUGAGUGCAUUGAACAGUUCAAUAUUUCAUACUGUCUCAACAACUCUGUGGGAUCUCUUCUAGCUCCGCUAUUCUUAGACGAAAGCACUCCUCUGCCGAACUACAUGAAGUCAAUCCAAUGGUUCAAUUGCCACAAAUACGACAUGGACAAAAUGGCAAAGGCAGUUAAACAGAUCUACAAUUCACUGGUUGCAGAGUCGAAGAUGCCACAACAGUUAAAAGUAACAGCUGGCCUAGACUCCAAAGAUGCGUCCAAAACAUCAUCAGUACCAGACUACGACGUCUUCAUUUCAUACUGCCACAAAAACAAAGACGUCAUGGAUACUAUCCGAGAGCAACUGGAUGAUUCUCUGGUGGUGUUCGUGGACAGUGAGGAGCUGCAACAUGGGUUCCAGUGGCAGCAGGCCAUUUAUGAGUCACUGGAGAGAUCCAUAGUCAUAUUUGCAGUGUUCUCGGACGAGUAUUUUGAUUCAGCUGUUUGCAGAGAGGAGCUUCACCUGGCUAUAGCAUCGGUUUUGGCAGCCAAAUCUAAAAAAUAUCUCAUACCUCUCAGAGCAUCUGAGGCCCUGAAAAUACCUUCAGAAUACGAGAGAGUGAAAAGUUUUCCCCUUGGCCACAAAGCUCCCGACUACUGCAAGACUGCAUUUGACCUCUUGAAAGGAAAGGUCAAGGUUGACGACUCGUUAUUCGCUGGUUGUCUCUCCUGGAGGAAAGAGGGAAACUUCGAAACUAUUCUGGAAAGUUCUAGAAAAAAGUUUGUCGACAAGUGGACCAAAGACAACAAAAGUUUGAAAGGAAAAACGGACGCUAAAAAUCAAAUAAAAGCAAAGUACAGAAGCGUGGCAGUUUUGACAUCGUCGAAAAGCGAAGAGUUUACCAAAGCUAUCAAAUUGCUAGCAGGGAAAUUGUUCAGAAAUAACUCAGAGAUAAAAAUGAGCUGUCAGCCCGACUUCCAAGAACACGAGCUGAGCCGAAUCAUCGAAUCGUCUGAAGUCAUUCUCAUCAUUUUAGACGACGCAUUCGUAUCCGACGCGCAGUGUCUGUCGUUCCUCAACUUAAGUCUUCUCGACUGUCGGUUUUCGACGAAUAAAAAACGAAUCGCAGUCGUGCAGAAGGACGCACACAUGGAAAUUUCCAAGUUGUACCCCCGACUGAUCGACAAUCGGUUCAAUGUAAAUGAUUCAGAGUGGGAAAAAAUGGACUUGGGCAAAAGUUUUGGCUUGAGCAAAGGUCAAAUAAACUGUUUAGCAGCUGCGCUUUUGUUCAAUUUGGGCGAAAAAGAGGAAAAAGAAAUGCUUGCUGACGGAAGGGUUCCAGUACUACGCAAUCCCUUUGCGGAACUUUAAGUUUACUGAUUUUUUUAAGGUUCGCAGAUCGGUGCGCCUAUAAAUUGGUUAAAUUGACGUACACAAAAAAUUUUUAAAUAAAAUUUAGUAGGGUUUUCGGCAACCGAAAUCCUUCUAGUUUCUUUGUUUCUAACCCCGAAAGUUACUCCUUACAUUGAA